AUGUCGAUGUUGACUGCUCUAGUAAAAGUCAACACAGAUUGUUUGUUGUACAAAACGAAAUCAAUCUCUCAUUUAAUGUACGAAUUAUUCAGUGGCAUAUAUUCUAAAUUAAGUAACAUGUUUACUCGAUUACUCUGCAAAUUAUUUUCUAGUUAUUUAUUUCUAGAGACUUUGCGUGAAUUUACAAACGGUGCGGUGGUGGUGACGGUGGAUGACCACCCCGUCGUCAACGACCGGCCUAUCAUCGGCGUGCUCUCGCAGGAGCAGUCCAUGUACCUCCACACCAAGUAUCCCGAGGAGAACUACACCAGCUACAUCGCCGCAUCCUACGUCAAAGAUGUAGAAGCGUCUGGAGCGAGGGUGGUGCCAAUACUGAUCGGAAAAGAUCGCAGCUAUUAUGAGGAACUUAUGGGAAAAUUGAACGGGGUGUUGUUCCCUGGCGGAGCUACCUACUUCAACCAAUCAGAUGGCUACGCAGACGCUGGUCAGCACAUAUACGAGAUAGCUCAAGAAAUGAACGACGCUGGUGACUACUUCCCUAUCUUCGGUACCUGCCUCGGCUUCGAGCUGCUCAUCAUUCUGGCGUCUGGUCGAGGGGAACCUGAGAAUAGGAUCAGAUGCUAUUCCUACUCGAAUAUUCCUCUUAAUUUUACCGAUGACUAUCACACCAGCAAAAUGUUCAAAGAGACACCAGAAGACAUUCUGGAAUUAUUGAAGAACGAGGAUGUCACAGUCAACGCUCACCAGUUCUGUAUUAAUGAUGAGAACCUGAUAUCUCACAACUUAACCCAGGAUUGGCGAGUGACAUCUCAUUCAUACGACGACUACGGAGUCAAGUUUAUAGCCACCGUGGAACAUACAAGGUAUCCAUUCUACGGUGUCCAAUUCCAUCCAGAGAAGAGCUCCUUCGAAUGGAAGUUGUCAAAGAACUACCCACACUCGAUAAACGCAGUCAAAUCAAACCGUUACUUCAUGGAUUUCUUUGUGAAGGAGUGCAGGAAGAAUAUGCAUUCUUUCAAGAACCAGGCUGAAGAGAAUGCCUACGUGAUAUAUAACUACGAACCUCACUUUACUGGCGUGUUGGGUAGCGCUUACCACCAGUGCUACUUGUUUGAACCUAGAGGCACUGUUGCCAAUAGCGGUUGA